GAAUAAUUUGUUUUUCUAACUGCUUCAGUUAUUUUCGCUAGAAUAUUACGCAAGAAUAUUACAGUUAUAUGGUCUGUCUAGAUAUAUAACAAUGGAUUUUGAAAAUUCAUUCAUUCCUAUUUGGGAAGAAUCACCAGAAGUAUAUUAUGAACCUGUUAUACUUGAAAAAAAGUUAGAUAAGAUCGAAAAAGAAUUUGAUGAGAUACAAUAUAAAUGCUCGGAACUUGAGAAAGAAAAUGAAAUAUUAAGAACAGAAAUAAAAACAAAGGAAAAAGAAAAUACAGACUUAAAUAAUUUAUUUAAAGGAAAUACAGCUAAAUUACCUUUUUAUCAAUCGAAAAUUGUGGAAUUAACUAAAGAGAUCAAAGAGCUUAAUUUCGAUAAAAAAAAUGAAGUAAUGGUCAAAGACAUUUUGAAGAAAAAAUAUGAAGAAAUGAAAAAAAAAACUAUAGAAACUGUGGAAAGCUAUAUGGCUUUAAAGACUGCAUACAAAAAUCAAGAAAAAAUUAACGAAAAAUUAAAGAUAGAAAAAAAACAAGAUAUUAAAAAUAAAGAUCGAAUAAAAGCUGAAAACGAUAAAGCAAAAACUAAGACUGAUGAACUUCAAAUUCAGAAUAAAGGAUUUAAAGAACAACUAAAUCAUUAUGAAGAGGAAUUACGUUCCAAAAACAUAAUGAUUAUAGAAUUGACAAGAAGAAAUCAAAUAUUAGCAUCUAAUAUUGAAAACGCUUUAACAAAAACGAAUAAUUUAGAAGAAAAAGUUAAAUUUCUCGAAAAAAAAAUUAAAACAAUGAAUAAGGAGUGUUCAGAAUCAAUAAUUAAACAUAAAAGCCUACUAUAUGAACUUAAUGUUUUAAGAGAAAAAUUGAAUGAUUCAGAUGAAUUAAGGACAACUAUGGAAGGAAUGAGAGGCAAUGAGCGUUCACUGAACAAAAAAAUAAACACCUGUGUACAAAUGUUAGCAGCAGCGAAAGUGGAAAACGAGAAAUUAAUAGAAAUUGCUCAUCAAUUGGAGAAAAAGAAAACAAGAUCUGUAUGUGUAAGAGAAGACAUAGCUCCAAUAAAGCGAGAUUUACAAGAAUGCAUGACUAAGAAUAUGGAAUUAAUAAAUAAAUUUAGUAAUAUGGAUUGUCCUUUCUAUCAAUCAAGUUAUGGUAAAACUGAAGAUAAGGAACCGAAAAUAAAAUGCGGUUCAUUAACAGAAAGACACUACGAAAAUAAAAUAUUUGCUUUAGAACAAAAGAUCAAAACAUUACAUUCAGAAAUAAACAGAAGAGAUGAAGAACACCUUAAAUAUCGAGACGUAGUGAUUAAAUGUCUUUAUGAUUCAAAAGCGGCUAAAGACAAAUUAAAAACUACUAAUACAUUGCUCGAAAAACAAAAAUAUGAAAUUAUAUAUGAUAAAUUAGACGUUUUGGAUAAAGACUCUAAAAUUAAAAAACUUAAGAUUCAAAAGAACAAUUUGGAUAAUCACCUUAAACUAUACAAUAAACAAUCAACUUUGCUAUGCAAAAAAAAUCGAGAUCAUAUUUUGAAAAUAGAAUCCAUGAAAAAAGAAUCCAUGAGAGCAAAUAAGAUAUUCCAAGAUUCUGAACAAAAUAAUGAUGAUUUACAAAAAAAAACUGAACAAUUAGAAAUAUGCACAAAAAAUAUUGAAAUGCAAAUAAAAAAUAAUGAAAAGUGUAAAAAAAUACAACAGUCUGAAGUAGAUAAACUUCAAGGUUCUAAUGAAGAGCUUCAAAAAAAAAUGUAUAAGAUACAAGAAGACUUGAACACGGCUAAUCAAAAAAUCAAUGAAUUGACAAACUCAAUUAGUCAAUUCCAGGCAGAAAAUGAAUAUAAACAUAAAAUUCAAUGUCAAUAUAUAAACGAUGGAAAAAUCAAAAAUCAAAAACUGUUAAUCCAAAACAAAAAAUUAAUAUUUGAAAAUAAAUGUCUUUCGAAGUUGAAGGACGAUAAUAAAUUAUUAAAUUUCAAAUUGAUGACCGAAGAACGGAGAUUAUCAUACCUUCAAAGAAAAAAUAAUAAAUUAUUCAAUGAAAAGGAAAGAAAAAUAAACACAAGGACAAUACCUGAAAUUGUAGUUCCAGAUUUAAAAAAAAGCAGACGUAUACAGCAUUCGUUAAUUAGAAAAUUUAUUAAAAAGGAGUCAACUCGUAAUAAAAAUAUUCGAUGGAAAUUAUGAAUUUAAUUUAGUAUGUAAAUGGUGUUUCUUACUCAUCCUCAAAUCCUUAAUCCUCCCAUUGCUAUGAUAUACCCGUAUUCCUCCUGCCAGACGACCACCGUUGCCGCGACUCUGACGUCGUGGUUAUCGACAAAAAUCAGUUAUCAUAUGUCAUUGACAACCAUCAAGUUACCAAUUACGCUUAUUAUAUUAUUGUACACACACCAUAACUGUGCCACAUUACACACAGCAUAUUAUUAUAUAAGUACCAUAUUAUCGUACACGCAGCAUAUUAUUAUGCACACCUCGAUGUAUACAUUAUGUAUCUUACAACGUCUUUAAUAACGUUUUUCAUCAGAUGAUGAAAAAAAAAAUAAUAAUCUGGGUUAGAAUCGAACCGGGUUAUGUACUACCUAUAACCUAACAUAUUUUACCCACUUCAGCUCUAACCCAGUGAUGAUUAUUGUUAAAACUGUUGUAUUAAAAGUAUUUUAAUAAUAUUAUUUGAAAAUAAAUUGUUUCUCCAAAUAUCAUACAAUUCUUUAUAUGUCAGCAUUUAUUUUUUACUGAACAACUGUUAUGUAUAAUAUUUUUAAAUAGGUUACUAGGUUAUAUUAUAUUCAAGGAACAAAUCUGAAAUUAGUUGUAUUUUCUGUGUUACACUACAUAACAUUUUUCACUUUAUUUAAAACAGUUAGUUUAAAUAAAAAUACACAACCACUAUCUCACGUUGACCAAACCCAUCACGAACAUCCCUCUCCCCAAGCUCGCUGCAGAUACAAGGCUGCGGAGACCUGCAGAGUCUUGUCGGAGAAUCUGUAUCAUAAAGUAUACUUUGUGAGGGUUUAUAUUUGAAAAAAAACCUUUUACAUAACAACCUAUAAUUCGUUUAUAUUCAGUAGGUUAACUUUUUGAAAUAAAGUGAAAAAUCUUAUGUAGUAUGGCACAGAAAAUACAACUAAUUUCAGAUUUGUUCCUUAGAUAUAUAACCCACCUAAAGAUAUUAUACACAACGGUUGUUCAAUUAAAAAUAGAUGCUGACAUACCAAGAACCAUAUGUUACUUGGAGAAACAUACGAUAUUAUUUUCAAAUAAUAUUACUAAAAUGCUUUUAAUAUAACAGUUUUAACAAUAAUCAUCAAUAGGUUAGAGUAGAAAUGGGAAAAAUAUGUUAGGUUAUAGGUAGUACAUAACUAGGUUCGAUUCUAACCCAGAUUGUUAUUUUUUUUUUCUCCUGAUGAAAAAUGUUAUUAAAGACGUUAUAAGAUACAUAAUGUAUACAGCGAAGUGUGUACAAUAAUAUGCUGUGUGUACGGCAGUAUGACGCAGUAUUAUGGUGUGUGUAUUAUAAUAUGAUACGCGUAAUUGGUAACUCUAUAGUUGUCAAUGACAUAUGAUAGCUGGUUGUCGAUAACCACGAUGGCAGAGUCACGGCAGCGGUGGUCGUUGGGCUGGUGGAAUACGGGGGUACCAGCAUAAUAGGAGGAUUGAAGACUUGAGGAUGAGUUAGAAACCCCAUUUUCUACCUACUUAAUUUUGUAAUCACGCAAAAAUAAGAGAAAUAAAAUAAAACAAAUUAAAAUUAUACAAUUAUAAA